AUGUCCCAGCCAGACAACCCUGCUGCGACCAUUUCGCCCGAGGUCACAAAGGAAACGAAAGUCAAGAGACUUUCGACCGACUCCGAUUCAGAUGAGGAGAAUCAGCAGGAUGCUUUCGAAGACGCCGCCGUCGACGUCGCCGAAGUAGCUGAGGUGACCGAAGUCCGCUCCCUUACCCAGAGGACGCCUUCGGUCUCGAAACCGCCGCCCACCGAGGAAACGGACCCUGAACCCCCGAAAAAGGAGGAGAUCGAAGACGAAAAGGAUGCAGCAGCCCCUCCAUCACCGGCAAAGGAAGCCAACCACUUUGUCGACGAAGAGUUCAAGAGCGACGACGACGACAGCGAGAUUAAGAGGAAGGCGUCUCCCGUAUCCCACCGUCUCUCCAACACCUCCAAUUUGGACGACAUCAAGCUGGACGACGACCACCCUGCUCUGCAAGAAUCAGAAUCGAAACCCAUUAGUCCUAUCGAAGAGAAACCCCCGCCCAAGAAGAUGUCCAUUAGCAGCAUCACCGGCGCCCUCCCAUCCAUGCCAUGGUCGCCGCCAGCCGAGCCAUCGCCCGCCAAAUCCCCUAUAGUCCCAGCCGCGGCCCCUCCGCAAACCGCUCCUUCUGCCGCACUGCCACCUCCCCCAGGGCCCCCGACCAGGAAGCUCACAAGUCCCUUCUCCUGGCUGUCCCGCAACAGCACAAGCAAGGAAAAGGAGACCUCGCCUCCUCCUCAAGCCUCCCCUCGACGCAAUACUGCCAGCUCCAUCGCGACUUUGACAAGCAACUCCGAGAUGAUGCUCGGCAGGCUGGAUGAAGAGAAGGAGGGGGCCGGCGCCAGCGGUGUGCCCCGCCAUAGCUUGAAAGACCGCUUCAAGAUGGUGCGGCUACGGGAAGAAGCGGGCAUCACAUUGCCGAGCGACGACGACAAACCUGCUCCACCCCCCAAAGGACUGGGUUUGAGCACCCCUCCUGCACAGAUCGGCAACGAUAAGGAGCUGGGGGCCGACCAGGCACCUAAGUCGCCACUGCCCACGACCCCGAACCCGGCAUUGGCACCAGGGACGGUAUCUGGAGUCUCGGCCGGUCCAUCUGAUAUGUCGGAUGCUCAGGUAGACUGGGAUCUGUGGCAGUCUGUCGUCUACGAAGGUCCGGCGGUCGUUGCGCGAACGAGCUCCGAGGAGUUGAACAGGGCUAUAGCCAGCGGUAUUCCUAACGCCAUCCGAGGAGUCAUCUGGCAAGUCUUGGCCCAGAGCAACAACGAAGAGCUCGAGAUCAUGUACAGAGAGCUGGUGGCUAGAGGCACUGAUAAGGAAGUCAAUCGGAACAGCCAGAGCACCGUCAGUUCGGGAAGCAAUGGAAACCUCAGCAUACAGAAUGAUGUUGUCAACUCUUCUGCGUCGUCGAUUCAUUCGGAGCAUUCGGGCGCAAACGGCAUGCCCUCGCCCCACGAGAAGAGCGCCGAGGCCGUGUUGAAGGCACAGCAGGCGGCCACCGUGGCGAGGCAAAAGAAGCAAAAAGAGGACACCGCCAUGCUGCAGAAGCUCGAGAAGACCAUUCGGCGGGAUCUGGGCGCAAGAACCAGCUUCUCCAAAUACGCGGCUGCGGCGGGGCUCCAAGAAGGCCUCUUCGGCGUCUGCAAGGCAUAUGCUCUGUUUGAUGAGGCAGUCGGCUACGCCCAAGGCAUGAACUUCCUUGUUAUGCCGCUCCUGUUCAAUAUGUCGGAGGAGGAAGCAUUUUGCCUGCUGGUACGACUGAUGAACCAUUAUCACCUACGCGAUCUCUUCAUCCAGGACAUGCCCGGUCUUCACAAGAACUUGUACAUCUUUGAGCGCCUCCUCGAGGACUUUGAGCCCGCUCUGUACUGCCACCUCCGCCGCCGCAGCAUCUCGCCGCAUCUAUACGCUACCCAGUGGUUCUUGACGCUCUUUGCCUACCGCUUCCCCCUGCAACUUGUGCUGCGUAUCUACGACUUGAUUCUAUCCGAGGGCCUGUCGGCGAUUCUGCGAUUCGGCAUCGUCCUGAUGCAAAAAAAUGUUGCCAACUUGCUCGCCAUCUCGGACAUGCAGCAGCUCACAGUCUUCCUUAAGGACAAGCUAUUCGACGCUUAUAUCGACACGGCACCGAGCGCCGGAAGUAUCUUGGAAAACGGCUUUUUUGGAAGCUCCAGUUCGAGCAUGGACAAGGAAGUGUACCGCGCCGACCAGUUCGUCAGGGAUGCUUGCGAUGUGAAGAUCACCCCUGAGAUCCUGAAGGCUUACACCCUCGAAUGGGAAGAGAAAACGAGGGCGGAAAAGGAACGUGAGGCAGAGCUCGAGCAGUUGCGGAGCGCCAACAUCAACUUUGCCGUGAAGGUGCGCAAGCUCGAGGAACGUGUCGAGGCGUAUGACAGCGAGCAGGCAGCCCUCGCUACGGAACUGGUUCACACCAAGGUCGAGAACGAGGAGCUCAAGGAUGAAAACGAAAGUCUCAAAGGACAGGUUCGCGAGCUGCGUAACGUCAUCCAGAAGCAGCCCGAAGAGCUCGAGAAUGCAUGGAAGGCCGAGCGCGACGAUCUCAUGAAGCGCAACCAGAAGGUUCAUGAGGAGAACGAGAAGUUGGAGAAGGAGAUGGCAGAGUUGGAGGAGGAGCUUGUGCAGACCAAGAUGCAGUAUGCCGAGAUCAACUCUCAGCACGAGACACUUACACGGAAGUGGACGGACCUCAAGCGACAGUUUGCCUGA